AUGGCAGGAAAGCCAAAUUCAGCUCGCCGAUUCCGCACACAAUUCAGCCGGGAACAGCUUGGAGCACUAAAAGAUACAUUUGAAAAGACCAUGUACCCAAAUUGGUUCAUCAUAAAAGAACUUUCUUCAAAUAUUCAUCUUGAUGAGUCAAUAAUAAAGACUUGGUUUAAAAACCAGCGUGUCAAAAGGAGGAAGGAUCAAGCUCAGCGAAAUCUGUCACUAGAAGACCCACAACAGGUCAUUUCAGCGAAAGGGGAAGAGAUGCCCUUACCUGGCACUUCAGAAAACACUCAUCCCAUGAGUCCCAGCAUUUCAGAUGCUUCCUAUCGUGAACUACAUAAGCCUUCUUGUGUUGAGCAGCGUGAAGGGGCUGCCACCACUGCACGCAAUUCAUCCUGUGAUUUUCUGCCUGAUGACCUCCAACCGAUAAGUUUCAGAGACUCUGAUCCUCCUUGGGCCUCCACUCCUUACGACAUGGAUCAACUUAUACAAUUAUAUGUCUUACCUGAGGACGAUGAUCCCAGCAGUCUAGAUCAGUACCUCUUCCCAAAGUGCUCCAGUUGA